GCAAAACGCCCGAGCGGCGGCGGCGAGCCGAGUGAAGGCAGGCAGGAGGGAUUACUCCUCCGGCAGGAGGGAUUGCUCCUCUGGCAGGAUCAGGUUGCAGCCCUCCCUGCCUUUGGAGCUUUACACCACACCCCUGCAACGUGAAUUAGGAGGGGAGGAUCAUAUUCAGCUCUGAUUCAGGAAUUCCCUCUUUCUUCAAGAACUGUUGCUAGGAGUUUGGGAAGAUGAAGGGAAGAAAGAGGGGACAUUCCUUAUCUUCCCCCUUUAUCUUGCUGUUCUUCUGUAUCGCCGGGCACGCAACUGAUGAGCUGGAUGGCAGCGAAGAAGAGCAUGUUGUGGGUGCUGCUUUGCCACCACUGAAGCUUGUGCAUUCAUUCUGUGCCAUGAAAGCAGAUGAUGGUCCAUGCAAAGCCAUCCACAUCCGCUAUUUCUUCAAUAUUAAAAGCCGCAAGUGUGAAGUAUUUGAAUAUGGUGGAUGCCAUGGCAAUGAGAACAACUUCCUAACCCUGGAGGAAUGCCAGGAGAAGUGUGUGGCAACAGAACUGUCUCAGAAGAUGCCGUUAGCAAAAAUUAAGAAAGCAUUGUUUCUAGGAAAGCCUGACUUCUGCUUCCACCCCCAAGAGCCAGGGGUCUGCCGAGGGUAUUUUACCAGGUAUUUCUACAACAAAGAGACAAAACUGUGUGAAGCAUUCAAGUAUGGUGGGUGCCUAGGAAACCAGAACAACUUCAGGAGUUUGGAGGAGUGUCAGAACACCUGCCAAGACAACUCAAAUUUAUUACCAACUGUUACAGCUGAGGAGCAUCCCAACACUCUGAACAGCAGUUCCCCAGCUGAAGAGCAUCCCAACACUCUGAACAUCAGCUCCCCAGCUGAAGAUCCCAGCCAGUCUCCUGGGAUUUUUGGUAAUCUGUUGCCAACUGUUCCAAAUGAGAAGUCCAACACCCUGAACAGUAGUUCCCCAAAGGAGGAGCCCAACCAGUUCCCAUAUUUUUUUGAACCACCUCCUAUCCCUUCUUUGUGCAUGACCCCUAUGGACAGAGGACUUUGCAGGGCCAAAGAGUUAAGAUUUUUCUACAACUACUCCACUGGAAGGUGUCGCCCAUUUAGCUACAGCGGUUGUGGUGGGAAUGAGAAUAAUUUCAUCUCCAGAAAGUCAUGUUUGAGGAUCUGCAAGAAAGGUAUGGGAAGUGAUACUGCCCCCAGCUAUCAUUAAGAGGAUUCAAUAAGAGAAAAGGUGAAAGAAAAUUAAUAAAAAUCAAGAAAAAAAGAAAGAAACAGCCAGUAAAGGCUCUGGGCAUGGAAACCGUCCCUGAAAGAAUGCAACUUUGAUUUUUAUGGAAAUGUGAAGUAAACUACUCUUCACCUGUGAAUGAAAACCCUAAGUGUACACCAUUGAAAUAUAUUUACUGUACUGAUUAUUUUGAUUAUAUGUUACUAAGCUGCUUAUAUUUUUUAUUAUGUAUUCCUCAAUCAUGUUAAUAAACAUUACCUUUUACUUUGCUAAAGACUUUUAAAUUGCAGUUUGGUUCUAUAUAAUUGUCAGACCUGCAGCAGGACAACAAAUGGUGUGAGUGAAUGGUUAAAAUGCAGAGAAGAUUCAAAUUGAAUUUCUCACCUCAUUAUUCUUUUUGAAUUCUAUUUUUGUACUAAAGAAAGAAUAAUACUUGUGAAAGAAUAAUCACUAGUCAAGCAUGAUUGAAACAAUCAUCGAUUAAAAGAUAGGUGUAUUGCUAUAAAAAGAAAAUAGACACUGGAUUUGUUUUAAUCAGAUUUAUUUUAGAUUAUGCAGGCCUAGACUUAACUCCAUUGAAGUAUAAUUACAUAUUAUUACAGUACUGUAAAAUGAAUAUGAGAUCAGAAUUAAUCCACCAAAAUCCAUAAAGGGAGUGUUAAAGCUGUAAAGGUGUGAAGCAGUGUUGCAAAUUUUUGAAAAGAUUUAAAAAUAUAUGUGUUGGGAUCAUUGACUUUUA